GGAUCAGGGCCGGAAUCAGGAAGUAGGCUGUAGGGCGCAGGACGCGGCGGCAGCUGCUCCCUGUUCCCAGUCCCGGUCUCACGCCAGUCCCGAGGCGCGAUGGAGAAGCUGCGGCUCCUGGGCCUGCGCUACCAGGAGUACGUGACCCGCCACCCGGCCGCCACGGCCCAGCUGGAGACGGCGGUGCGGGGCCUCAGUUACCUGCUGGCAGGUCGAUUCGCCGAUUCCCACGAGCUGUCAGAACUGGUGUACUCCGCCUCUAACCUGCUGGUGCUUCUGAAUGACGGCAUCCUGCGGAAGGAGCUCAGGCAGAGCCUGCCCGUGUCGCUGUCCCAGCAGAAGUUGCUGACGUGGCUGAGUGUGCUCGAGUGCGUGGAAGUGUUCAUGGAGAUGGGGGCUGCCAAGGUGUGGGGGGAGAUGGGCCGUUGGCUCAUCAUCGUCCUCAUCCAGUUGGCUAAGGCUGUGCUGCGUGUCCUGCUGCUGCUCUGGUACAAGGCUGGCCUCCAGACCUCACCCCCCAUCAUGCCACUUGAUCGGGAGAUGCAGCUUCACCCCCAAGGUGGUGAGCACAGUGUGGGCAGCCAGGACCGGCCAUACGUGGGAAAGCGGUCCAACCGGGUGGUGCGAUCCCUGCAGAGCACACCAUCCUUGCACUCAAGGCACUGGGGAGCCCCCCAGCAGCAGGAAGGGCGGAUGCAUCACCGAGGGGAGGAGCUGGAAGCUGGCCCCACCCCCCUGGGGCUACGGGAGACCAUUGCUGAGUCAGUGUACAUAGCCCGACCCUUGCUGCACUUGCUGAGUCUGGGCCUGUGGGGUCAGCGGUCGUGGAAGCCUUGGCUCCUGUCUGCCGUCUUGGACGUGACUAGCCUGAGUCUGCUGAGUGACAAGAAAGGGCUGACUCGGCGGGAGCGCCUGGAGCUCCGGCGACGGACCGUCCUGCUGCUCUACUACCUGCUGCGCUCCCCCUUCUACGACCGUUUCUCAGAGGACAGGAUCCUCUUCCUGCUGCGGCUGCUGGCUGAUUACAUUCCUGGUGUUGGCUUGGUUACCCGGCCACUGAUGGACUACUUGCCUGCUUGGCAGAAAAUUUAUUUCUACAAUUGGGGCUGACAGGCAAUCCAGGGCUGAGGAAGAAGGCUGCUGAGAGGGUGGGGGAUGUGGGAGGCAUGAUCUGCUGCGGGAUCAGGCAGCCCAUCCCUUCAGCCCCUCAGCUCCUCUGUCCUCUAAUAAAACUGGCCCCUAGUGAUGCUCCUAA